GUAUAUUUCCUUGUUGUAAAGGCUUUUAACGGUUUGGAAAUGGGGUAUCUUAUCGUGUUGUUCCUUUUAAAUAUAUUAUCAAUACACGGAUAUGAUAAUUUAUCAGAGGGAAAGCAUUCUAUACAGAGUUCAACGUGGAUAUGUCCUCCACAAAAUUGCUACUUUUAUGCAGCAAACAACGCAGUUGAUGGAGACAUCAGUACCUGUAUGAGAACUGACACGUUCGGUACGACCUCUUCACACAAAACGGUGUGGUGGAGAGUAGACCUCGGAGACAUUAAGAGUAUCUACAGUAUCAGGAUACAGUUUAGAGAUUUCGGACAAGAAUACUAUGAUCGUCAAAGAGGACGAUUGGCGGGGUUUUCUCUAUAUGUGUCUAAUACAACAGACAUACAGAACAGCUACUUGUGUUACAAAGACGGACCAGAAUUACCUCCGUUGGAUUUUAUCAAUAUCUGUUCCAUUCAUGGACGUUAUGUUACAUUUUACAAUGAAAGAAAUAAGAUUUCAUAUCCCACCGGUUACCAGACAACAACUGUUAUAACAGAGUUAUGUGAAGUCAGUGUGAAUGGUUGUCAAAAAGAUGGACUUUAUGGUCAAAACUGUGAUUUUGCAUGCCCUUCACAAUGCCAGGACAAACGAUGUCAUAUAAGAAACGGAACCUGUCUUGGUUGUAAAGCGGGCUGGAUGGGGGAUUUCUGUAACAAAACUUGUAUGUUUGGAUACUAUGGUAUGGAGUGUAAAUCUAGGUGUACAGGUCAUUGUCUUGGUGGUGCUUCAUGUAAUCAUAUAAGUGGAAAAUGCGAACAUGGAUGCGAGGAAGGAGGGAUGAUACCCAAUUGUGAUCAACCAUGUCGGGACGGAUGGUAUGGACCUAAUUGUGUAUAUAAAUGCAGCAGUCAUUGCAAAAACAACUUACCAUGUGACCAGGCAAGUGGGAAAUGUGAAAGUUGUGCACCUGGAUACGUUGGAACACUUUGCAAUAAUUCGUGUUCAGAAGGUACUCAUGGCCAAAAUUGUUCUGAGAAUUGUAAUACCAAAUGCCGAGGUCAAAGCUGCUCUCCUGUAAAUGGAUUUUGCAAUGAAGGAUGUGAAGACGGAUACCAGGGAAACACCUGUUCGGAAAAUUGCAACGAGGGAUGGUAUGGGGAAAACUGCUCCAGACGUUGCAGCUUUCAUUGCCAAAUGAAAUCCUGUCAUAAUGUACAUGGAGAGUGUCACUAUGGAUGUAAACCGGGAUGGACAGGUUCACAUUGUAGUCAAGCUUGCAGUAUGGGAUUUUACGGAGAAAACUGUUCAAAAACAUGCAGUACAUUUUGCCGUACCAGCCUUUAUUGUAAUAGCACUGAUGGACACUGUGUAAAAGGCUGUAUGAAUGGAUAUUUGGAACCAAAAUGCGAUAAAAGUUGCACUAGAGACUGGUAUGGCAAAAACUGCUCCCAACGUUGUAGCGAAAACUGCAUCAACUGGGCAUGUGAUCCCAGAGACGGUAAAUGUGUGUUUGGAUGUAAACCAGGUUGGCGUUCGCUGAACUGUUCUAAUGGUAUUAUCACUUUCUAUCCUAAAUAGUAGUUAGGGUUGCAGUUUUUCUACGGACAUAUCAUCUCCGCACAAAAAGGCGCUUCGACCUCUCAUAUUUCCGAAUAUUCCACUCACGUAAGAACAGCACCUCCUCUUUUUUCCUGCGCACACAGAUAGGUGCCAUCACGUGUAUAUAAGGGGUCAUUUUUCAUAUGCUAUUUAAUGUUAUGGACAGAACUUAUAAAUGUAAUACAUUCAGUUUCAAGGCUCUGGAUUUAUGUAUAAUUUCACCAUUACUGCGUGUGAUUUAUUUUCCAGAUAAAUCAAUACAAAAGCUUUCACUUGUUUGC